AUGUCCCAGGUCGAAGAACUAUACCCGAUUGCGCUUCUUAUGGACGAGCUCCGUCAUGACGACGUUGCGUCUAGAGUACAAGCAAUGAAACGGUUGGACACUAUAGCCAUUGCGCUAGGUCCACAGAGAACGAGAGAGGAAUUGAUCCCCUUCCUCGAAGACAUCAUCCCCGAGGACGAGGACGAGGUGAUUGCCAUUGCCGCCGAGGAGUUGGGCAAGUUUGUAUCGCUUGUGGGAGGCCAGAUGUAUGCCCCUCUGUUAAUUCCUGUCCUGGAGAAGAUCUCUGCCUGUGAGGAGCCAAUUGUGAGGGAGAAAGCCAUUGCUUCCUUGAAUUCAAUUGCCGCAGUAUUGUCGUCAGACCAAAUCACGCAGUAUUUCAUCCCUCUCAUUAAUAGAUUGGCAAAGGAACGGUGGUUCUCCCUACAUAUAGCGGCCACAGGAUUGUUCAAGUCCAUCAUUGCUAGGGUUUCCCCACAGGAGAGGUUGGUACUCUUGAAGCUGUACAAUGACUUGAUUCAUGACGACUCUCCAAUGGUUAGAAAGGCGUCUGCCAAGGAAUUGCCCCAAUUAAUUGACAUUUUAAAUGAAAUGGUUAUAAACGAUGGUAAUGGAAAUGGUAGUGAAGACUCGAGUAUUUGGCCAACUGUUUUGGAAAUGUACCAAACAAUUGUAAAUGAUAACCAAGAUUCAGUCAAGUUUUUAAGUGUUGAUAUUUUAAUUUCAAUUUUAAAAGUUAUAAAUAGUCAUAAAACUCAAAAUGAUGGUGAUAAUAAGAACAUCAAUACAGAUACCGAUACAGAUAAUGGUACUGAUAAAGAUAUCGAACUUCUAUUCCAAUCGCUUAUUUCUCUAAUUGACGAUCCUAGUUGGAGAGUCAGGUAUAUGGUUGCAGAUAGAAUAGUCUCCUUAAUUGAAAACUUCAAUGAUGAGAAAUUGACCUUGAAAUUAGUCCCUUAUAUCUUGUCUUUAAUGAAGGACAACGAAGCUGAAGUGAGAAAGGCCAUAUCCAGCAAUAUUCCGGGAUUUUCCAAAUUAAUUGAUUCGGCUGAUGGUCAACAUACCAUUGUCUUGAAUGAUGUCAUUCCAUUGGUUAGUCAAUUGACUUUGGAUGAAUCCGAAAACGUUAGGUCUGCCUUGGCAAAUCAAAUCACAGGUCUGGCUCCAAUUUUGGGCAAAGAAAUGACAACUGAGAAAUUGUUGCCAUUAUUAGUAGAGAUGUUAAAAGACGAAUAUAGUGAUGUUAGGUUAAACAUCAUAUCCAAUUUGGAAAUUGUCAAUGAAGUGAUUGGUAUUGAAUUAUUGAGUGAUAGUUUGAUGCCUGCAAUCACUGCAUUAGCUAAUGAUAAGUUAUGGAGAGUCAGGUUGGCUAUUAUUGAGCAGAUUCCCUUAUUGGCCGAGCAGCUGGGUCUUUCAUUUUUUGAUGAAUCUUUAGGACAGUUGUGUAUGGAAUGGCUCUGGGACCCUGUUUAUACAAUUAGAAAUGCAGCUGUUAAGAACCUGAGUAAAUUGACAAAAUUGUUUGGUGAAGAUUGGUGUAGAGAUGAAAUCAUCAACAAACUUAUUGAAAAGUCCCAAACAAAGGAAUUCCACAACUUCAUUUGCAGAUUGACUUGUCUACAGACCUUUGACGAGUUAAUCCAUGUCGUUAGUCCUGACAUCAUUAGGGACUACAUAUAUAAGUUUAUUGUUGACUUGGCUGAUGAUAAAGUCCCAAAUAUUAGGUUCAAUGUUGCAAAGUCGUUAUUGGAUAUAAGCAAGGCAUUGCCCGAAUCAAAGGAAGAUAUUCGUCAUAUAUUGGAAAGAAUGACUGAAGAUAAUGAUCCUGAUGUUCGUUAUUUUGCUAAUCAAAGUUUACAAGAACUAUAA